AGGCGUUUGGGUGGCAGGUCCCCACGCGCCUUCAACAUGCGUAUCGAGAAGUGUUAUUUCUGUUCGGGGCCCAUAUACCCCGGCCACGGCAUGAUGUUCGUCCGCAACGAUUGCAAGGUGUUCAGAUUCUGUAAAUCCAAGUGUCAUAAAAACUUUAAAAAGAAGCGCAACCCUCGCAAGGUCAGGUGGACUAAAGCAUUCCGUAAAGCAGCUGGUAAAGAGCUUACAGUGGAUAAUUCAUUUGAAUUUGAAAAACGUAGAAAUGAACCUGUCAAGUACCAGCGAGAGUUGUGGAAUAAAACUAUUGAUGCAAUGAGGAGAGUUGAAGAGAUCAAACAGAAGCGACAAGCUAAAUUUAUAAUGAACAGGUUAAAGAAAAAUAAAGAACUACAGAAAGUUCAGGACAUUAAAGAAGUCAAACAAAACAUUCAUCUCAUCCGGGCCCCUGUUGCAUGCCAAGGAAAGCAGCUGGAAGACAAAAUGGUACAGAAAUUACAACAGGAUGUGGACAUGGAAGUUGUUUCUGAAAAUCUUUAACUGUCUGUAACCAUUCUUAUGAGUGCAUUGGAAAAUCUCCUUUAGAGACUUAGAACAUUUGAAUUUGAUUUUUUUACAUAAGGUGACUCAAAUGAAAAGGUGACUAAAACACAUCUCUUCUACGUUGCUAUCUGCAAAACAUCAGAUAUUAUGGAUGCUGGGUUGCAUCUCAGUGCUUCACUGAUAGAUGUACUUUUGUAAAUCAUGAAAAUUCUGCAAACAGGUGAAUUGUGGACAUAAAAUGGCCAUGCCACUUGGAUAAUGGCACUAGGCAGUAUGUAUGUAAUACUAAUGACAAAAACUCAUGGCUAGCAAUAUGUAAAAUAAAAUUUUCUUUGCAGUAAA